UGGAAAUAUGCACUUGUUGGUGCAGCUGAUGCUUCUUUGGACAGCGUAGCCGUUAGCCAGUUAGCCCGCUAGCUUUGGGAAGGAGGUGGCUAGAGCUUAGCCGUAGCAUCGGCUCAUAAUGGCCAAUGACCGUGGCACUUAUUUCAGCUAGAAACAUUUAAUGCCCGUCAAUGUGGUGAAAUAGCAGUGGUAAAUGUAUACUUGUUACUAAGCUAGAGUGGAGGAUUCGUGGCUGUGUUUCAGUGGUUUUUAACGGGAAGAUGUGCAAUGGAAUGACACAUUUAACAUCCAAAGCCUGUGGGGCAUCCACCUCACUAAAUGGUCUAUCCUUCUUCCUGCUUGUGACCACAGUGUCAACUGGGUAUGGAUUAGGGUGUGUGAGGCCAUAUAUGGUCCAAAACAGCUGGGUAAACCUCACAGAAAGUAACAGAGGUUUGUUCCCUGUUGGGACAGUGCUACAGUACAGCUGUGACCCUGGGUAUCAGCCUGAUGGCCCCAGCAUUCUCACGUGCACAACACUUGGCCGCUGGUCUUCGGAACCUCCUCGCUGUAUACGCAGUGAUAUGUGUCGGCCUGUUUCUGAACCAGAGAAUGGAGGAUACAUUUGCCAUCCAUCUCCAUGUCGAAUGUUUUCCCAUGGCACAGUUAUUGAAUUCUUCUGUGAUGAAGGCUUCAUUCUCAAAGGAGAUUACAAGUAUCUAGCUUGUCAGGAUGGGCAAUGGGAUGGUCCAGCUCAUGUCAACUGUGUGAGCCAAGGCUGCAUACGACCUUUCUUGGUGCCACAUGGGUCGACUAAUUUGACUGAAAGCAACAGAGGCUCCUUUCCUGUGGAUACAGUGUUAGAGUACCGGUGUGACCCUGGUUAUCAGCCAGAUGGUCCCAGUAUCCUCACCUGUACGGCACUCAAGCAGUGGUCUUCUGAUCCACCAAGAUGCAUACGCAGUGAUGUUUGUCAAACUCCAUAUCAACCAGAUAAUGGAGGCUACACUUGCCACCCCUCUCCCUGCACAAGAUUUUCUCAUGGCACUGUGAUUGAAUAUUUCUGUGAAGAAGGCUACAUAUUGAAAGGAGAUUACAAAUAUCUUACCUGUCAGUAUGGGGAAUGGGACAGCCCUAUGCAAAUAGGCUGCCUUAGGGAGCAAGAUCAUGAUUCCACUUUACCCCUGGGAAUGCCUGCCCUGUCUAUUGUUGCAUCUACCGCUAGUUCAGUGGCUCUCAUCCUCCUUUUAGUGGUGCUACUCGUGCUUCUCCAGCCAAAACUAAAGUCCUUGCAACGUCGUGAUCAUGGUGUGUCUGGCCAGCCUGUGUCUAUCAUGGUGGAAGGAGUCCAAGUCACAUUACCCUCCUAUGAAGAGGCUGUGAGUGGUGUUAGUGCUACCACUGCUCUCAACUCUGAGUCUCGUGUUCAGAUUGUGUUGUCUGAGAGUCAGCAUGACCCAGUGUCUCAAGCUGGUUCCUCUAGACCCUCCUCAUUUAAACAACAACAACAACACUCAGAGAUGGAUGUAUACAACUUAGUACCUCCAUCCUCUCCUUCCUCGUCACCCUCCUCCUCCUCGUGGACUCUAGAGCAUCCAGGUGCUACAGCUGAUCUACUAUCACACAGAAGGCAGUCUGCAGACAGUCCUCAGUUUAGCACUACCCUGUACGACCCAGAGGUGGACUAUUCUGAUGAUAUGCCACUGCUGAAAGAGGCUUAAAACUUUCAGCAGGGUUGGACUUGCAUCAUCACCAACUAUCAUUUCUACUUACCAUAAGUGGUAAUCAAAACAUCUCUUGAGAAAUGGUCAACACAGCUGUCAACACAACCAGGCAGGCCCUAUGACAGGUUUGAGUGAGUCAAACAGUUAAUCCCAAAGGUGGAGAGUUGCAUGUACAUACAUACUUUCAUUUUUGUCAUUCAUGUGAAAUGUUUUAUGGUAUAAAAAAGACACUACAAUAAUGUCCAUUGCUAACAAAAUUGAACACUAGGAGAACAAGCAAUGCAGCCAAUAGGCCAAUAAUCUCAGUGUCUUGUUUACAUUUAUGAAAACACAUGAACACAAGUGAAAUGAGCAUAAAGAAGUCAAAGUAGUAGUAGUCAAACCACUCGUCAGACAUUUUUGUUCCCACAGCUUUUCAUAGUUUGCCACAGAAUAAGGCUACUACUUGCAAUGUUAAAUUUUUUGUUUAUUUUAUCAUUUUCUGGGACAAAGUUCAAAUGAGCCUCAUUUUACAUGGCAUCUCCUGUAGUUCAUACAUACCCUCCCCAAUGGCCUUAGUGUUUCACUUCUAUGCACAAAUAUCUCAUUAUUUCGUAGGACUUAAAAAAAAAAAAAAAAGAAUGUCAGCAUAUUUGCCUCCACAUUUUUGUAAAAUACGUGGCUUUGACAAAAGUGCAUCAGAACAUAAUAUUAUACUUUUAAUUUAUUCAGGCUACUUAAAAUCCUGUUUAAUUUCUGAGCAGGGCACUAACAUGUAUAUUUUAUUUAUUUGUUUUGAAAAUGCUGUUGAUCAGCAGGGAUUUUUUUUUAUGCUUCCAGAACUGGAAAUUUAGAUCUUUUCACUUUGCUGCUUCACUACUGCUGGCAUGUGAUGUGAUAAGUGUAAAAGUGGAGAGGACUAGGAUAAGUGUAUCCAGCUUUGUGUAUAGUCACUGUUUACUUGUUGGCGGUCCAUUAAAUGUAACUGAUUGGACGAGCUGUAUGUGUAUGGAUGGGAAAUGUUGGAUUUUAAUUAAUAUAUGUAAAAAGUAUUAUGUUGAUUUGGUUCUCUGUGUAUCAUAUGAUAAUUUGGAUUAAACAUUUCUGUCAUGCUAA